AUGAAGAGGAUGCGAGAGCCCUCUGAGAAGUCCAACAAGGAAAAGCAAGCUAAGUUGGGAGAAUCCUCUGGAUCAAGACCCCUAAUUCCUCUGGUUGGCUCUCCAGGUAAGUCUGUACCUCUCCCUCGCUUUCUCAAAAUUAAACCAAUUGCUUCUUCUCUUCCCCAAACAACUCCUAUUUACACCUCUUCUGAAACUACUCCCUCAACCACCAGAUCCUCUAAGCCACCCUCUCUUAAAUUCAACCUCGCUACCACCACAUUACCUGUUUCGAAAGCAGAAAUGCUGAAUGAAACCACUUCACCAUCAUCAUCACCAUCUCCUCAAUCCCCACCGUACUACGAACUCUUCUAUAACAUCGAACCAUCUGACCCCCAAUCCCCCACUAUGGGUCUUCUCCAAGCUCGUGCUCUGGCCUCUCAACAGCCAUCACAUCCUGAACCUGAACAAGACGUCACUUCCUCACCUCCAGAACAUCCAAAUCCAACCACAUGUGAACCACCUCAAACACCACCUGAACAACAACCAACCCACUCUGAACCACAACCAACCCCACAACCUGAACUAUCCUCAAAGACCCACUCUGACAUACCACUACCCAUCACUUCUGCUGACCCAACAACUCCCACACUUAAUCUAACUACCCCAAACUCACCCUCCCCAGCCUCUGCCACUGAACCAUAA